AGCCAUCUUCCAAGAGGCCAUAAUUUCUCUAUUGUGGUAUAAGAGGAGAGAGAAAAUCACACUCCCUCUCUAAAAUUGUUGUUCAAUGGCUUCCUCAGUCAUUUACACACCAUCAACAGCAGCUCCUUCAUCUUCAACAAACCCCAUUUCUUCCCGCAAAAAUGUGUCCAAAAUUUGCAGUUUUAAGCCGGAAAAUGCAAAGAUUUUAUCACCCUCUUCUUUAUUUGGUAAAACAUUGACAAUUACCAAUGAUCUAUACACAAAUUCAACGAGCAACAAGAAAAACAGGUCAAUUCUUGUGAAAUGCUCUGUUUCACCAUCAUCCUCCGCUCCUCCAGCUGCUCUUCUCUUUGAUUGCGAUGGUGUUCUUGUUGAUACUGAAAGAGAUGGUCAUCGAGUUUCUUUCAACGACACCUUUACUGAAAGGGGACUGGGUGUCUCGUGGGAUGUGGAUUUAUAUGGUGAAUUGCUCAAGAUUGGAGGUGGAAAGGAAAGGAUGACUGCCUACUUCAAUCAAACGAGUUGGCCAGAAAAGGCUCCUACAAGUGAUGCCGAGAGAAAAGAGUUUGUAGCAUCUCUACACAAGAGAAAGACAGAGCUGUUUAUGGCGCUUAUUGAGAAGAAGCUGCUGCCUCUUCGGCCAGGUGUUGCAAAGCUGGUCGAUCAGGCUUUGGCAAAAGGAGUCAAAGUUGCCGUGUGCAGCACAUCUAAUGAGAAGGCGGUCUCUGCAAUAGUUUCAUGCUUGUUGGGUCCUGAGCGAGCAGAAAAGAUGCAGAUUUUUGCCGGAGAUGUAGUCCCUCGGAAGAAGCCUGACCCAGCCAUUUACAUACUAGCAGCCACAACACUCGGUGUUGAUCCUGCAAGUUGCGUUGUGGUAGAGGACAGUGCCAUUGGUCUUGCAGCCGCGAAAGCAGCAGGAAUGAAAUGCAUAGUGACCAAAAGCGGUUACACUGCCGAAGAAGACUUUGAGAACGCAGAUGCAGUAUUUGAUUGCAUCGGAGAUCCACCAGAGGAAAGAUUCGACUUAGAUUUCUGUUCCGGCCUUGUUGCAAAGCAGCAUGCUAGCUAACCUCAUAUAUUUAUGGGAAUUGGGAAUGAGAGUUCAUCAUUUUUUUCAAGGGUUUUAGUGAAUGUACAAACUUUGAGACUUGAGAGCUUGGAUCAAUCCUCAAUAAACUUUACUCCGUAUUGUAUAGCAGUAAAGAAAUCGCCGAUUCUUUGUAAAGACUUAGCUCAUUUCAUCUCUUAUGUAAACAUGCUGUGAAUGAAAAUCUCGCACUCCAUUGUUUAAUGUAACAAGUUCUAAAAGUUCAAAUUUCAAA